AGGACCGGGGGCUCUAUGCGGUGCACGGUUUUUCUGCUUCGGAUGGCUGGAUGCAUCGUUUUAAGCAGCGGUUUGGAUUGCGCGUGAAAGCCGUAACAGGAGAAAAGGCAUCGGUAAACGUUGAAGCGUACCUAAAUUUCAAGAAGGUUCUACAGAAGAAGAUUCAGGAAAUGCAGCUAUCACUAUCCCAAGUCUUUAAUGCAGAUGAAUCUGCCUUGUUCAUCAAGCUCCUAGCCACACGCUCUGUCGUUACCUGUGAUGAGACCGUGGCAAGCGGACGGAAGCAAAACAAGACAAGGUAUACGUUUAUGCCUUGCUCCAACAUAGAUGGUUCCCUAAAGCUUCCGUUGUAUUUCAUUUGCACUGCUGCAAAACCACGAGGAAUCAACAUCGAAGAACUUCCCGUUUCAUAUAAUCAUUCCAAAAAGGCUUGGAUGACCAGACUGUUGUUCCGUCAAUGGUUCCACGAAGAGUUUGUCCCCGCUGUUCGAAAAUUUUCGGCCGAGAGAGGAUUGGAGCCAAAGGCAUUGCUGGUUCUUGAUAAUUGCACCAGUCAUUAUGACGUUGACGAAUCUCUACAGAGUGACGAUGGACUGAUUCAAGUGAUCUACCUCCCACCAAAUGUAACUGCUGAAUGCCAGCCGAUGGACCAAUCGGUCAUCAAUGCAAUCAAGCGAAAGUAUAAAAGAAAACUGAUGCUCGCAUUAAUUCUGGAAAACGAACACUUAAGUUUCGAAGAACGAUUGAAGAAGAUUAAUCUUCAACAGUGUAUAUCGUGGUUGGCAACCUCUUGGGAGGAGAUAUCUGACAAAACUAUACGUAAUUCGUGGAAGAAAUUGAUCGAUGGUUUGCCGGAGGAUGCUGUUAAUGUAGACUCGAAAGCGGCCGAUGAUGACUUCAAAGCGCUUGUGUCCAGGAUUGACAGUUUGGCAGGAACAAAAACAUCUGAGCAAGAUAUUGAUCUGUGGAUCAAAGAUCAGGUGUAUGAUGGUGAUCAUAAUCCAGAUUGGGUAACCAGUGAAGUGUUCUCUGAUGACGAGAUUUUGUCAUCAGUUCUCAAGAAAGAUCAACCUGAAAUGCAAGAAGAAUGGUUGGUAGACACAGAAGAUGGAAGUAAUUCGUUUGAUACUUCCAUUACUAGUACCGGAGAUCCUGAUUUUGGCGAUGCAAUCAAGUCAAUUGAUUGCCUAGUUCGCUAUAUGAAGCAUGAUGUUGCAGAAGUAUGCCGUUUGAACGCGCUACGUUCGAAAAUCACUGAAGCUGAAUGGCUAAAACGAGCAUGUUGAAGAACUCUACCAUUUUGUUGAAAAUGAAUU